AUGCCAAAUCCCACUGACUGGCUACAAAUCUAUCAACAUACCCUCUCAGAACAACCUCAAACCGCUCCGCCGUCCACCACCGUCUUCGGCGGCAGCCAACUCUCCGAUGCCACGGUGGUUACAACCACAACAUCCUCCACAAGUCUUCACCAUCACGGCCCGUUGGGCCGUGGUUCCAGGACCAUUAGGAGAAGAUCCAGGGCUUCAAGGCGAACCCCAACAACUGUAUUCAAUACAAACACCACCAAUUUCCGAGCCAUGGUGCAACAGUUCACUGGCAGCCACAGUGAACCAUUUUCAUUCUCGGGACUUGAAUCCGAUACAUUUGGGUCAAGGAAUAUUAAUCUUCAUCAGCAGAUAGUGAAUCCUAACACUACUCCUAGUGCUUAUAAUAUACAGUUUCAGCAGGAAGUACAACAAAUUUUUCCCUACACAAAUCCUCCCUCUCAGGAUCAUACUAUUGGUCACGAAGCUUUUUUUCAUAGACUAGGCAACAGUUCUUCUAGAUCUAAUAUGGAGGUUUCUGAGAAUUUGAUUAUGGAUGAUAGGACUCUGUUUCCUCCUCAGCAUCAACGAGGACAAAAAUGA